GAAUGCUGCACAAUAUUUGCAAGGAUAGGAAUCUUCCUCUUCCUCUGGAUGACGAGCAACCAAUGGGUGCAGAGGCACAAGUCCCAGUGCCAUUAAAUGAUGCUGCAGAAGAACCUGCCAAUGCGCCCGGUGGUCACCGUAAUGAGGGUCGUGCCUAUCGGGAUGCAUUCUGCACCUUGCAUUUCAGCAAUGAGGACUGAUGGAACGUCCUCCAACAGGGCCUCGUGUACCUACCUUGCCUGUUCCUUGGCCCGCAUAGCUGCCUCCUUGGCCCUCGCAGCGGACUCCUUGGCCCUCGCAGUGGACUCCUUGGCCCUCGCAGCGGACUCCUUGGCCCUCGCAGCGGACUCCUGUGCUCGGGCAGCUGCCUCUUGGGCCCGUGCAGCGGAUGCCACUGCCUGAGCAGCUGCCUUGUGUUCCUGGGCAGCAGACUCCACUGCCUUUACAGCUCCCAUUUGUCCCGUGGUGGGAUCUUCUGAGGGGGUGGAUGAAGGGGGAAGCGCUUCUUCUGCAGAUGCAUCAACAUAUAUUACAGUUGGUGCAUCUGCAGAUUCGUGGCUAUUGAUACUGACCAACGGAUCUGCUGUUGCUCCUCCUGCAGCAGGUCUCACGUCCUUUCUGCAAGCAAUGGAUUUAAUCAUUACAUGGUGUACAAGCUUGGAAGAUGCAAGGACACACCUGCCAGCAUAGUGAAAUCACUCCUAGAAUAGUAUACUACAUUAUAUAAUCUAUACACUAUAUUACCUUACAUGAACACAAUCUAUCUUA